GAAAUUCGUGGAAACGAAAGCUUCCGGAUCCGAUUGGUGGUCAACGUGUGGAAGAUAUUGAUCUUAGCAUUUUGAGGACGCCGAGAGGGAAAAAAUCAUAUUCCAUACCUUAAGAAUUUUGAAAGGAAAAUGAGCCAUAAAGAAAAAAUUGAUUAAUCGCUUAAAAGUUUCAACGAGCUGCUGUACACAGGAAAUGAUGGUUACGUUUUUCUAGGCCUGACACGGAGAAGAAUCGUCGCGCCAAACAGAAGUGGAAUGUCUCUUCUCACAAAAUUGGCAUUCUUGGUUGGAAUAAUAGCAAUCUGCAUCUCAAUAAGCGGUUUUUAUAAGAUCAUCAAUGAGAUCCACUCAUCUUUGAAUUAUGAAGAUCGAGUCGUCGGAAGCAUUAGCAAGGAUACAUUACGACUCUUCAACAAUUAUGACCAAGAUGGUGAUCGAUACCUUGAUAUAUUUGAAUUUGACGCAGUGAAAAAAUUCAUCCUAGCAAGUCAAGAGCAUGAGAAGCAUAUAACAGAGGAAGAGGUUGACACAAAGUUAAAAAAAGAAAAACUCAUCAAUGCAAAACUACCCCAAGAUGUAGAAUACAUAACACUGAGAGCUAAAUUCAAGCCACUUUUACUAGAAACUAUGUCAAAGAGCAAACAUGAUUUGCAAGGGAUUGAUCCAAUGGGUGAUGUUCAUUUAAAAGGAUUGAAAUCCUGGCAAAAGCCAUUUAUUCAAGAGCUUAAUUUUACCUGUAAAGAUUUGAACAUAUUUCUCCCAAAAGGGAAUGUGAAGGUGGGAGAAGCCUGGGAUGUUGUUCUGCCAAUCUCUUCAAGAUAUGAGCCUGGGCUUUCCCACAAUCGUUUCUAUCCAGAAAAGCCUACGGGGGAGAAAGAAAGAGUGCUUUUGAAUAUCCUGACAAUGUUUUGGCCACAACCUUUUGUUCUGAAUAGAUUUGCACCUCAAGGAACAAUGGCAGUGUUAAGAGGGAUAACAAAGGACUAUUAUGACAUAGUUUUUAGGGUGCAUGCAGAGUUUCAAAUGAAUGAGCCACCAAACUUCCCAUUCUGGUUUACACCAGCACAAUUUACUGGAAACAUUAUCAUAAGCAAAGAUGGGGAGCAUAUUGAACAUUUUCAUAUUUUUGUACCAAAUGAUAAAAAGUUGAAUGUAGACAUGGAAUGGAUUACUGGAAAAAAGAAAGUCAUUGACCAAGCAAGUGAUCCUUGGGAAAUGGAGGUUGAUAUAGGAUACUUGCCUGAGAUGUCCCUUGAAAAUGAAUUUCCAAGCCGGAGAAUUGGUGAAAAUAGGAAGCAAAAGGAACAAUUUGCAUGGGACAACGAAAUUUCCCCAUACGAGGCGAAGAGAAUACUACAGAAAAAGUUUUAUCCCUUCCAGGAGAUUGAGUAUUUACCUUUCAACAAAACGUAUCAGAGAGCUCAAAAUGAAGAUAAACUUGUUCACCACAUUUUACUUUGGGGUGCUUUAGACGACCAGUCAUGCUGAGGUUCCGGGCGAACUCUCCGGGAAGGGCCUUUGGAGAGUUCGCCCAUUUUGAAGUUGCUCAAAAAGCACUUCAUAAGCUCGUGGUCUUUGAUUGCAGAGCUCAAGGACCUCUCUGCAAACAGCACUGAUGCUGAUGUUAGAAAACUUGCAGAUAUUGGUCUGGAAGGAUAUAAGUUCCCUGUUCAAUCAAUGGUUCAGUACCCAAAUGGAACGAUUCUUUCUAGUUUGAACGCAAAUGAAUUAUUGGAUGCAUCGCAAACAUUGAAUUCUAUUUCCAGUGUUUUUGAUGAUCCUGUCAGUUCCAACUACUACAAUUUCUUGCAGCAAGGAUUGAAGAAAGCUGGUAGAGAGCUUUAGAUAAAAUAGAGUCAUUUUUACGCAUUUAAAUUUUUCUUAUUAUUCAUGUUUCCAGCUGAUUUAGUUUUUAGAUGGUUUUAACCUUGAUAUUGGCUUAGCACGUUCUUCAUCAGAAUUCUUAACUUUUCCAUACCCGCAACUCUAUGAUGCCACAUUAUUUUCCUGUAUGCUGGCCUUUGAACAGUUGUAUCUGCGAACUCCCGUCACUUUUGCAAGGCAGCUACAUGUUUGUUGAAGUUUUCCAAACUUCCUAGAAUUUAUCAAACUCAAAAAGCGAGCUUUGAUUUGGCGAAAUAUGAGUCAUUACCAGAUUUUUGUUUGUUUCAUGUGACAAAAUCUGUUAACUUCAUUUUUUAUGUAACGUUCAUCUCUUCUUAUUUUAGUCUCUUGUAAUUCAGUUACGUGGCUGUUAUGAAAACAGUUUUGUAAAAUGCUUUUAACAGCAUUCGGGACUGUUUGAUACUUAUCAGCCGUCUGCUAACAUCUUAUUUUAUUGUUUAGAUAUUUAGAUUGUAUUUGUAAUUAAUGUUAAAAAAACACUGCUGGA